UUCAUUCAUUGGGAAAUGGCAGAAUAACAACAAGUCCAUUAUGAAAGUUACUUAUACACUCUUUCUAAUGAUGUAUUUUGCCCGAAACUAUAUGUUAUUACUUAAUUAUAUGGAAAAAGUAAUUGCAAUUUAAUGUAACUUUUCAGAAGCACUCAUCUGAUGAUGGAAGUCAGAAGACGGAGUCAAAACCUGCAUACUCAGACCCCUAUGGAGGGACUGUGAUUCUGAAACUCUGAAAUUUGAGUGUCGCGAGACAAAUCGGUUACUUGACUUUUUAAGUUAUUGAAACAGGAGAAUCGAUCGCCCUGGGACGUCGCUCCACGGUGAAUGAGAGUCAUUGCUGUAUUACAGCUACCUACUGGCAAAGUAAUACAAUUUUAUAAUGCAAAAGGGAAAGUUGCAGAGGAGUGUUGCUGGAUGAGACCUCGUGGCGCAACGGUAGCGCGUCUGACUCCAGAUCAGAAGGCUGCGUGUUCGAAUCACGUCGGGGGACCGCGCGCGCGCUGAUCGUCGUCUCGCUCCUCGGAGAGACCCCCCCCUCCGGCCCCGCAGACAUGUUCCUGGAAGACCCCUCGGUUCUCACCAAGGACAAACUGAAAAGCGAGUUGCUGGCCAACAACGUGGCGCUUCCCACCGGCGAGCAUAAGAAGGAUGUGUACGUGCAGCUGUACCUGAAGAACUUGACCGUGCAGAACCGGAGGAGCGGUGGCGCUCCGGACGCCUUCUCGAGCGACGAGGACCUGCCCCCCCCGGUGGUGACCAACAGGAGCCGUUCGGGCCGGAAAGCCACAAGAAAGACGGACAAACCCCGGCCAGAUGAGGUGGAUGUCAGCGAGCUUACUGAUGAGGACCUGAAAGACCAGCUGUUGAAAUAUGGCAUCAGUGUUGGACCCAUCGUGGCCUCCACCCGCAAGCUGUAUGAAAAGAAGUUGCAGAAGCUGCUGGACCAGGGCCCUCCUGAGGCUGCACCACCCAUUGUUGCCCCCCUAAAGCCAGAUGGUAACCAGAAUGGCAACACUGAUUCUGACCAGUACAGUGACAAGGAGGAAGAAGAGCAGGUGGAGGCAGAACCAGAGCUAGAGCCUGAGCCUGAGCCAGUUCCUGUGGUGGAGAAGCGUGUGAGGAGCAGGGGAAAGACUCCAGUCAGCCUGCGAGCCCGCCGCCUUGAGACCAAUAGGGUGGAACAGAGGCUUACAGCAGGGGACCAGACCCCUAGAGUAGAUGGCAAGGACAUUCUGAAAGAGAUGUUCCCAAACGAGGUCAGCACACCCACAGGUAUCAGUGCAACAUGCCGGCGGCCGAUUCGCGGGGCGGCUGGAAGGCCACUCACUCCCAGUGAUUUUUGGCUGGAUGAGAAGCUCCUGCGCCGCACCGAACGUGUGGAAACCACAUCUUAUGAGGAGAGCUGUUCCAUCCCACGGCUGUCUGCCCCACUCUCCUCCUCUUCCAGGGCAGCAGGGGGGACUGUAGCACCCCCUGCUGGCCAAGUCUGUUCACGCCGUUCCUUCCCUGUAUGGGUGCAGCUGGUGUUGCUCAGCAUUGUGGCUGGGUUCCUUUUCUUCGUCUACCAAGCCAUGGAGACAAACCAGCUGAACCCAUUCGGCCAGGAGUCUGCAUCUGUGGCCCAGUCUGGCAGCACAGGCGAGAGCACCAGCAAGUGAAGUUCCCUCCUAUAUUCUCACCCAGUGAAGUCUCCUCUUUCUUUGUAUUCAUCUCCUCUCUCUCUCUCUCUCUCUCUCUCUCUCUCUCUCUCAUAUCCUCCUGCCAUGUUGGACUCCUGUACACCCUUGCCCCUUUCUCAGGACAACACCACUACAUUGCUCGGUGGUUGACAGAAGAUAGUGCUUGCAGAGCGCCUAUACUAAUGUUAUCCACACUUGUUCCUCCUACCUACAUACCAGUCUCAUUUGUUUUUUCCUCCUUUAACAUGCCUUGAAGGCUACCCAUCCCAUUUCCAUAUGUCUGGUCUUCAACUUUUUCUUCCUCAUAUGAACUUUUACUCAUUCUAACCCCCUUUAUCUACCUAUACCCAUGUGGGCAGGGCUACACCAGGCCUACCCCCCUCAAACUACAGUGGCUUCCAGAAGAACACAUAAUCUGGCUUUAUAUAGUCAGAAAUGUUCCUCUUUUUUUAAUCAUUGUAUCUGUCUGUGGGUUUAAUAGGGAUGUUUCAUGUGUAUUGUUGAAUUGUUGACAGUGUGCACAUCUUUUUCCUUGUUAAACAUUUAAUUGAAAGCAAUGUGGUUUAAUCAUGGAAUGAAGUCACCCACUGUAUGUACUAAUACAAGAAAAAUUGAACUUUGGCUAGAUACUGAGCCUAACAAUGUAGAAAUUUUGAAUCCUAGAUUGUUUUGUUUGCAAAAAAACACCCAAAGUUGUGAUCCUAGUAUUUUAAUACCAGCAGAGGCCUGAUGCUGAGGCUGUGGCAGUGAAGUAUUGGAAUGACUAAAUGCCCUUAUUCCCUGGAGCUUCAGGACCCCUACUUUGUCUAAAAUUGCCAGUAUGCACUGAAAACUAUUCUGUGAUGUUCUGCACCUACCUUCAGGGCCCUUUCUGUUCCAGAGAGUAAUGGUGAUGGACAGUGAUCCCUCAGCUUUGAUAUGAUGACAAAGAUCCUGACAAAUAUGGGUGAUUUGGACCUCUUGCAGCCUUCCUUUUGGACAUGGUUGAUUGUCUGGUGCAGGUACACACCAAUGUACCUGUACACCUUCAUUUAGCCCAUUCACUGAUAGUUUCAAUAGCAUGUCUUUCUGCAGCCGUAGUGUUCAAGUAUGAAUUUCUAGAGGCAAAAAGUUUAUGCUAUCAUAAAGAUUGACUGAUUGAUUGACUUGUACUGUCCUU